GAAGGAGAAUUUAGUAGAAAUUUGAUCUACGAUCUGUUCGUGUAUGACUUUACAUUUGCUUCUGAACACUAAGAGACACAAGUUUCUUCUUUUGUAUUAAAAAUAUAACACAAUGUUGGCAAAAAUAGUUUUGGCCUGUUUCCUAAUGACUGGUGUGUCAUUAGCUAAGGACGACCAUGAUGAACUUCUCAACACAGUCUUGGGAUCUGGAACAAAUGUGUUAAGAGAAUUUUCAAAACUAACCACAGAUGACGAUAGAUUCGCUUUGGACUUGAACGCUUUGUACAAAAAAUACGAAAUCGAAGCAAAGGCAGAUCAAGCUAGAAACCUUUUGCUAAAUACGUUCAAAAAAGGAGCUGAAUUCACUAAUGAAUACCUAAGGAAAACCAAUAUUGAAGGUGAAGAUCAGUUAAAGAAGACUGCUGAAAUAAUUAAAAAAGAAGACCCCGUGUUAGGAGAAAAAUUAAAUAAAUUUUACGAAAAAUCUUGUGACAUGGACAGAUUAUCUGAAGAAAUUGUCAAGUACAUAUUGAGCGCAGAUAAAGUUAAUGGUGCAAUCGAGAAGGCUAGGGGUGCACUCCGUCCAUUAGAACACAGAUUAGCUGAAUCUCUCAAAAAGUUCGAGACUAUCGUCCUUGAACAUUUGCCAAAGAAGGGAAAGAACUAAAAAUAUUUCAACCAAAACUUCAACUUUCAACAAUUUAACAGUAUAAUACCUAGUUAAUGUUUUCAAUACUAUAUAGGUACCGUUACAUUUCAGAAUAAGAUAUUUAUGUUUAUGCAUUAUAUUAUAUUAUAGCAUCUAAGUAAUAAAUUAAAUGACAUAUUAAAACUUUCUUAAUUGAUUAUCUAAUAAAAUAAAUAAUUCACCAUCUAA